AUGUCUGACACCCAGGGAUUCAAGUUCGGCGUCGAGCUGGAGGGCCUCGUCGGCAGUAUCCCCAUUGAGGGUGCUCUGAAGCAAGCCGGGGUCCAGAACCAUGUGUCGGUCCUCGGGGAUAAGACGAAGGCGAAGUACGAGGAGUGGUGGGUCACUCAGGACGGUUCCCUGGAUGAUAACCAAGAGAACAACGUUGUCGGAGUUGAGUUCGUCUCGCCCGUCUUCACCUACGACGACCGCAAGAACUGGACCGGUCAGAUCGAGAAGGUCUACGAGGUUGUCAAGGAUUACCCCUUCUUCUUCCACACCAAUUUCUCGUGCGUCACCCAUGUCGCUGAGGCCAUCGUCUACCACGACGACGCUCUGCGCGCGCUGGCCGGCGACAAGCACCCGGAGUGGGCCCGGCCCAACACGGACAACGCGAUCCUCAGAGGCUUCAGCAAGUCGUACGUGCUCAAGGUGGUCGCCGGCGCCACGACGGUCACCGAGCUCGUCAGACGCAUGUGCACCUUCCAGCACGAUCCCAGCGACGCCGGCAUGUACCACUGGAACUUCUGGCACAUCGUCGGCCUCACCAAGAGCGGCUUUGCCCACGAGUACGGCGAUGACAACCGAGACGAGGAGCCCGAGGAGCCCGAGCAGGAGAACUACGCCGCCGCGGCCGACGACGACGACGAUGAGCAGGCCGGCACCGAGACGAGCGCGUCGUCUGAGUCUUCCACGUCGAGCGACUACCCGAUCUACCAGAAGAUCAACACCCUCGAGCUCCGCCUGCCCCCUGGCUCCGACACCCCCGCCAAGGCGAUCCUCUGGAUCGACUUCACUCACCUCUUCGUCCUCGCAGCAAUCCGCCGGAGCGCGCCCUAG